AUGGCAGAGAUUCCUGAUGUCCGUUCACCUUCUGCCUUCUCCCUGAUGGAUUUUGCCUUCUGUCGCUCCCCAUUGCUAGCCGAAAACAUGGCAAGAGUGAACUCAUUUUCCAUUUUAAGGAGGCAAAGGAGACAACCAGAGGCUCUUGAAAGCAAUGGUGGCCUGACAGCAGCAGCUGCAGCGGCAGGAGCUGCCCCCAACGCCGCCAUAGCAGAAGCAAUGAAAGUGAAAAAAAUUAAAUUGGAAGCUAUGUCCAACUAUCAUGCAAAUAAUAACCAGCAUGGAGCAGACUCUGAAAAUGGAGAUCUGAAUUCAAGUGUUGGCAGCAGUGAUGGUUCUUGGGAUAAAGAAAAACUUCAGUCUCCCCCCACCCAAGGAUCACAGGCCUCUGUUAACCACCCCAACUUGCCUGGACAGCAUAAUGUUCCAGUUAGCCAUCCUCUCAACCCUCUUCAACAGAACCACCUUCUGCCAAAUGGAUUGGAACUUCCUUUUAUGAUGAUGCCCCACCCGUUAAUUCCCGUGAGCCUACCUCCAGCAUCUGUCACGAUGGCAAUGAGCCAGAUGAACCACCUUAGUACCAUCGCCAACAUGGCAGCAGCAGCACAAGUGCAGAGUCCUCCAUCCAGAGUUGAGACAUCUGUUAUUAAGGAACGUGUUCCAGACAGUCCUUCUCCUGCUCCUUCUCUUGAAGAGGGCCGAAGACCUGGCAGCCAUCCAUCCUCUCAUCGAAGCAGCAGUGUGUCCAGCUCUCCUGCACGGACCGAGAGCUCGUCAGACAGAAUCCCAGCUGUCCAUCAGAAUGGGCUAUCUAUGAACCAAAUGCUGAUGGGUUUGUCACCUAAUGUCCUGCCUGGACCUAAGGAGGGUGAUCUGGCUGGUCAUGAUGUGGGACACGAGACAAAAAGAAUACACAUUGAGAAAGAUGAGACCCCGCUCUCCACACCAACCGCAAGAGACAGCCUUGACAAACUUUCUCUAACUGGGCAUGGGCAACCACUACCUCCGGGUUUUCCAUCUCCUUUUCUAUUCCCUGAUGGAUUGUCCUCCAUAGAGACCCUUCUGACUAACAUCCAGGGUCUACUAAAGGUUGCUAUAGACAAUGCCAGAGCUCAAGAGAAACAGGUCCAACUGGAAAAGACAGAGCUGAAGAUGGAGCUCUUCAGGGAACGAGAACUGAGGGAAACACUUGAAAAACAGUUGGCUGUGGAGCAGAAGAACAGAGCAAUAAUUCAGAAAAGGCUAAAGAAGGAAAAGAAGGCAAAGAGGAAAUUGCAGGAAGCACUUGAAUUUGAGACUAAACGACGGGAGCAAGCAGAACAGACACUGAAACAGGCAGCUUCAACAGAUAGUCUCAGGGUCCUAAAUGACUCUCUGACCCCAGAGAUAGAAGCUGACCGCAGCGGGGGCAGAACAGAUGCUGAAAGGACAAUACAAGGUUCACUAGAUGCCUAUGCCUAGCUCCCAAUCCGGUUUCCCAAGACCCCCUCAUCCCACACAAAAAG